GCUGAACCGCGCUUUCAUGAACUCGAGCAGCCGUUACAAACGGGCGUGGAGCGGAUACCUCGGAUUUCCUACUCGGAUCUUCAUCUAAUCCUAACUUCUGCUGGCCGGCCGACUGACAUCAGUGCCUGUACAACUACUCUGCCCCAGGCUCACGCUCUCCUCACUACCAAGGAUCGAGUAUAUCACGCACGAUUGAAACGUCUCGCUGUGACCUAAGCAUUGUUCAGAAUGGCUACAACAACAACGUCAACUGUUACGUUUUGUACGUACGACGCUGGAUACCUGCGCUCUGUACCUGGAAUACUCAAGAUUGUUGAGGCGGUCUUGUGUCUUAUCGCCUUCAUCUGUGCCAUCAUCUACACACGGCACUGGACCGCACUAGGCCUUGGCUGGGUACAAUUUGUCACCAUCUCCGCCUGUAUCGCCGUCAUGAUUAUCUUCUUUCUGUACGUCUUCCACAUUGUGGAUCGCCUCCAUGCUGUAUUUGCCUUGCUGGUGCUAAUAUUUUACUUCGUCUAUGACAUAUUCCUACUGGUGGCUGGUAUCCUCGCGGCUGUCCAGGCCUCUCAGUACGGAGGACGGUAUUAUGGAAGCGAAACGGUGGCCGCCGCAGCGGCCUUCGUGUUCUUUGCUUUGAUAGCCUUCCUUAUCGACACCUACUUGCAGUUCAAGGGAUGGCGAAUCGUGCGCACGUCUGGUGGCUCAUCAUCAACGACGACGAGAACAACUGUGACCACACACAGUUCAUACGUGACAAAGGCCUAGGAUGUAACUAUAGCAAAUAUAACAUCUAAACUGUAUCUGAUGUGCAAACGAUACAGAGGUUUUAUGUGAACUGUGUACUGAUUCUAGACGUUUCUCUGGGAUAGUUUACGCAGUGUUUCUGCCUACUAUUAUCAUGUUUCUGUCAGGUUAUGCUAUGUUUCUGCCAGCUAUUACCAUGUUUCUGUUAGGUAUUACCAUAUUUCUGCCAGGUGAUACUAUGUUUCUACCAGGUAAUGCUAUGUUCCUGUCAGGUAUUACCAUGUUUCUGUCAGGUAACGCUAUGUUCCAGUGAGGUAUUACCAUGCUUCUGUCAGCUAUUAUCAUGCUUCUGUCAGCUAUUACCAUGUGUCAGGUAUUGCUAUGUUUCUACCAGGUCUUCCCAUGUUUUGAGAACAAUUUGACGAAUUAGUUUGGGGGUUCAUGUGUUAAGAAGGUUUCCUCCUCUGCAAACCUAUUCGAAAAAUUUCUCAAGUUGUCACAUGUACAUCCUGUGCCUUUUGGCUGAAAUCAACACUUACAACAAAAAUAUCGACCUCUCAAAAUGUUUAUUUUUUGUAACAAAACAUCUAAAUUUAAUUUGUCGCCCUCAGGUACUUUGGUUUGUAGCCUUUUAUAAGCUAGGCUUGAUGUCAGUGUUCAAGAAUAUUUUCACUGGCUUGUUAAAUUUUAAAAUUAAAUUAAAAUAAAACAUAAGUAUAGUGGAAAUAUGUGAUCAAUUAAAUUGGUUUGGUAUUUUCAUGUCGACGGAUGAUUUUAAUUUGCAUAAAGUGUUUGUUAAGAUAAACACAAAGCUGUGCAAAUAUGUUUGUAUGAGGGUACUGUGUAUGCUGGUAUAAAACCCUUCACUUAGUUAUUUCAUUGGUGUUUUACGUCGUACUCCAGAAUAUUUCAGUUAUACGGUAAGUAUAUAACACACAUGUUAAAUAUAUUCUGAACACAAAUGACGAUUAAGUUUUCCUAACAUAUGUUUUUGUGAACAAAGCGUUGCAAAUUUCUAUAAGAGACAGGUGUCUUAACUCUAACUUUAUUUUGUAUUAUAUGUAUCCUUUUUGUACUUUCUUACUUAUAUACCUCGCUUUUUAUAUUAUUGAAAUAUAUUUUUGUUCUGACAAAUACCAUAUAGCAUGUGCAGAAAAGCAGCGACAGUCGCUAUCUUAUGCUUUGAUUUGAAGGUUUGAUAUUAAAUAUAGUUAUCAUGCGAGGCGAAUGCUCGAAAUGCUGCAAACUCUACCCGCCAAGAUGACAUGGGAAUGGAUUUGAAGUAGUUUUAGUCAUUGUAGUUACAGAGACCUGAGUUAAGCCAUUCUAGUCGCGAAUACCUGAGUUAAGUCAUUGUCAUGUGGAGGACUCUUAUUUUUCUCUGUGAUGAUGUAAUGGCGUGAUUUGCAUGUUAUCUGAUUAUUAGAUACACGGUUACUCAGUGACAGGAUACCGAAAUAUAUGGUGUCUGUCACCCUCAAAUUAGUCGAAGCAUAAGCCGCGCCCAAUAUGAAGGUCACUGACGUCAUAUAUUUCCUUACCCUGCGAAAGACCCAUUAGUUCAGCGUAGGCUGAUGUACUGGCCGAAAGAUAACCUAGUCACAAACGCACAUGGUUUCGGCAGCAAGAUACAGGAUAUUUACGUCACUCACGUUACCGUUGCUGUCCAAUGGAAACCGAAGAAUUUGCCAGAUGCGGGAUGAUGACUCAAGCUUGUCCUAUUAUUUUAAACAAAAUUCACUCUGAUGGACUGUAUCAGGAUAUAAUGCCCAGGCAGUUCAGUAUCACGGGCAAGUUAAAAAAAACAAAACAAUGGGAGGCGAACGUAUUUAAGCAGCCAUUUUUGAUACCCUUCUCCAAACAGUCUACCGUAAUCUGUCCAACUCGUCAGAUCACGCUGUGUUGUCUAAGGAGAAUAGAAGGACGUAUUUGAUCUCGUCAAAACCACAGAUUUACAGUUAUUCUUGCCAUAAGACUUAAAGAUAUUACUACUCUAGUGUUCAUGAUAAAGUUUUUUUCUUGGCAAUAAAUCAUAAUAAAUCUCAUUAUAUCAUUCAGUCCCUGUGUUUGUAAUAAAGAAAAUACAGAUA